UGAGAAUCAGCUGAUCUCAAGAAGGCGCAUGCGUGUCAUUAUUGAACUACAGCCACCGAGGAUUCCGCCAGUUACCUCCCAACCGGUGUUUGGGUCGAACACAAACAUUUUCAACUAUUUCGUAACUGAAUAACUUUGUUUGAAAAAUUACAAAUCAGUUGACACAUUGAGAUUCUGACCAAGUCUGUCCUUUCGCAUCAAAUUUAUUUCGAAAGAAACGUUUAUAAACCUCUGUUACAUUUUAUAGAACAGUAAAAGUGGCUCUGAAGAUAUAAACAAGACAUUGAAGCUCAUCUGAUUGGCAGUGAUAGAAGUGUUAAUAUGCUGGAAGUGUCGCGAGGAUGCACUCAAGAGGAAUGGCCAAAAGAAAACGAAAGUGAGAAGAACUCCUUGGCAGCCAUCAGGGAUAAGGCAUUUCGAUUGUGCAAGGACCACCUCGGGGGUGCCUGGCUUUCAAUCUCACCCCAAGACAUGAUCUUCAGUAAAGUCAGUGGAGGCCUCAGCAAUUUUCUAUAUUUCUGUGCACUUCCAGAGGGAACAGAAAGCAUUUCAGGUGAGCCAAAUCGCUUGCUUCUUCGACUUUAUGGCAACAUGAAUCAUGAUAGAGCUAUGGAGACAUUAGUAACAGAAAGUGUAAUUUUUACUCUGUUGUCUGAAAGUCAACGAGGGCCAAGAUUAUAUGGAGUCUUCCCAGGAGGUCGCUUGGAAGAAUAUAUUGAGGCUCGACCCCUAACUUCACAGGAAUUUGUAGAUGCCACUGUAAGUUCUUUGAUAGCUGAUAAAGUGGCACAAAUUCAUCUAAUGGAUGUACCAAUCAAUAAACAACCAAAAUGGCUAUGGCAAACCACAGAAAGAUGGAUAAGACAGAUCAAUGAUAUUAUUUCAUCAAAUGAAGUAGAAGAAAGUGUAAGAGAUAUGAUAAAUACAUUGCAACAAGUCAAUUUAUAUGAAGAAUAUCUUUGGUUGAAAGAUUAUUUAACAAAUGUGAAAUCUCCAGUGGUUUUUUGUCAUAAUGAUCUUCAGAAAGGAAAUAUUCUUCUGAGAAAUAAAAGUAUUACUGAUAAUAGGAAAAAAUCAAUGACUGGUACAACUGACUUUGAACCUGAUUAUGAAAAUUUAACAAGCGAAAGCCUUGUUGUAAUAGAUUUUGAAUAUUGUUCUUAUAAUUACCGUGGUUUUGAUUUUGCAAAUCACUUUUGCGAAUGGGUGUAUGAUUACAAUAAUGAAGAACCACCUUAUUUUUGGGAAAUGGAAAGUAAUCAGGCAGACAUUAAACAAAAGGAACACUUUGUAAAAAGUUAUUUACAAGCACUGAAGAAAUAUCCUGAAUAUAAGCCUCAACCAGAAGAUGAUUUAGAUUGUAUAAUGAAGGAAAUAGAAGCUUUCACAUUGAUGUGUCACUUUUUUUGGGUUCUAUGGAGUGUUGUGAAUUCUGCUGACUCUGAAAUUUGUUUUGAUUAUUGGAGCUUCGGUGAAGUGAGGCUGCAAGCUUACUACAGGCACAAAAAGAAGAUAUUAGAAGACAUUGAAUAUAACAAAUCAUCCUAAGGAGCAUUUAUGAAUAUGAUCUCCUCAGUGUACCUUUAGUUAAAAUAUGAAGACCAGUAUUAAUAUUUUUAUCAUUAAAAUAAAUCCAUUUUUCUAUUUGAAUUUUUUAGAACUUGUAAUUUUGUUUUAUUUUUAUGAUGUAGUCAUUUCGCACUGUUUAAUUGACGUUAAUUUAACUAUUAAUUGUAAGGCCUAUAAUUGUACAUACUAUUACAAAAAUUAGUCAAGCAUUGUUACAUAAAACAAUGUAUAAUAAUGAACAUUGACAUAUGAGAUAAUGGUUGUAAUUGCCAUUGGCCUUGAAGUAAAAAUGGACUGAGCUUAAUAAAACUAUAAAUUUAAAAAUCAAAUGUUUGGAAUUAAUUGAACAAGCAAAGACAGUUAAAGAGUGAAUGAAACUACAAAUGGUACCAUAUUAAAAUAUUUUAACCAUGUUUAAUUUUGAGUUUUAAUAACAUUCCACUCUUUAUAGUUAUAUCACUAAAUACUUAUAAAUUGAUCUUAUUCACAAGAUCAUUUCAUUACAUUAUAAAUGUAGUUGAAUCACUUAUUACUGAUGGAAUACUGGCCCUCAAUGCAGUAUAAAUGAAAGAACUCAUGGAUAUUAUUGAAAAGAUCUCAUUCCUAUUUUUUGCUUCCACAAAAACUGGUCAGAAUUUACUUACCAAUCAUUGUAAAAACAUUCCGAACUUGUUUAAAUACACAUUUUAGCGCACCUAACGAAGGAGUUUACUAAAUGUGCUUUAUAGUAUCACCUUACAUUUAAGAGGUUUUAUAUUCCCUUUAAUCUUGUAGGUACAUACAUGGCAUCUAUGUGUUUCAUAGAUUGAAGCAAAUUUUUUGUUGAUUUUUUAUCAAUUUAAAAACUAUUUUACUCUUAAAUUUUAAUUUUUAAGGAGUGAAAAAGUGAAUUUUCAAAUUGUUGUAUUUAUCAAACCAAUUCAAAAAUGUUAUUUAAAUUUAUAUAAAUUUUGCCUCUCUAUUCUACUUUUCAACAAAGUUAAACCUGUAUUCUCUCUCAGAAUUACAUCCAUAGAUUCAUGGAUUAUGGUCUCUCCUUGAAAUACUAUUUUUUGAAGAAAAAAAUUAAGUUCUAUACUAUCUGGAAAACCUAAAGAACAAAUAGAAGGUAGAAAGAAAAGUGAAUCCCAUAGAACAAUUACAUGUGCUGGUGGGUAAAUUUAAAAGAUGUCUUCAAUUUUUUUAUUAUUAUUUAAAGUAUUUAAAUCAGUUGUUACUUUACCAUUUACUUU